GUGUUGAAACAGAUUCGGUGCUGAACCUGGCUUGCCUGGAACGCGAAGCUUGAAACAGCAAUCAAACAGUGGUUAAUGAAAAGUUGUCUCUGCGGGAGCUACUUUCUGCGUGGUGUUUGUAAUUAAGUUAUACAAUGGGAAAACACUGUGCACGGGUGAUGUUCGUUGUCGCGUGGGUGGCCUUUGUUGGGCGCUUCGAUGUGACAGUAGCUCUCAAGGACUGCAUAGAGGCCGAUAGUCCCCUGUCGUGUUAUGGAGCGAAAAUGUUUCGAAAUGUGAUGAAGAAGCUGGACAAAGAGAAGUCCCUCCAGCUGGCGUCAGGCGUGGAAGUUGUGGCAAUUGGUGAUGCUGGGGAGGAACAAGAACGGGCUCUGAACGCGAUUGGCAACGAACAGGAAGGACUAUUCGAUCGAAUUGGCCGAUAUUUGGCCACUCAUGAGCUUAGAUUUAACGUGGGGGAAAUGGUACGAAAAGUCGAUAUCCAAGAUGUGGUUCGGUCAGUGUUUAACACAGUUCAACAAGAGUUGAUGGCGAAUAUGGAAGAGGGCCGCAAAAAGGAUAAAGGAGGAUUAGGAGCACUCAUGAUGCUGGGCGUCAUGAUGAGUAAGCUGCUGGGCGCAAUCGGGUUCGGCAGUGUUGCCAUGCUUGCGAUGAAAGCCCUCGGUGUGUCCACUAUAGCCCUGGUACUCUCCACCAUCAUUGGGCUUAAGAAGCUGACCGAUAGCGGUGGAGACAGUAAGGGUCGCCAGGACUCGAGUAUUCGUGUCGUCCCCGGUGAACCGAUCCACCGCAACGCCUACGACGAUUAUAAUAUGGAUAAUCAAAAACGACGGCGGCGGCGGGCCACGGAGACUCUACCAUAUCGCGGAUGGAGUGCGAUUUCUACGUAGAAUUAUCGGGAGCUACUUAAGCAACUCAAUCAGUAUUUAAGAAAUUUGAAAAAGUUGUAAGAAGACUCGAUUGAAUCAGAAACAUAUUUUCUGGAUACUAGAUUAAUGACAACUUAAUCAUUCUUGAAACGAAAAAUACAAAGAUGAUGUAUGGUGAUAAUGUCACAGAUUGUAAGGUAGGGAACCUUAUUUGAAGAGUUUUUGUAGCUUCUUGUGUAUUGAGACGACAUACUCGAAAUGUGUGAAGUGAAAUACAAACAUAACUAUA